GUGCGUGUUCCUGGUGAUAGAGAUACUGAAUACUACUGCAAGUUCUUCAGAACGCCUGAAUUAAGUCGAAAACAUCACAUUGUUAAACUUGAGGCAAUUAUUGAACCUGGAAAUGAAAAACUUGUACAUCAUAUGAUCCUGUACGAGUGUACUGGCAUCGAGACAGAUAGAAUAACACCUUAUUUAAAUGAAGAAUACACCGAAUGUUAUAAUGAAGAAAACGUACGGAAAUUUCCAUUUUGUUUUAAUGUCAUCGGUGGUUGGGCCGUUGGGGGAGAGUCAUUUAUUUAUCCUGAUCAAGCAGGCCUUCCACUAGGCAUUCCAGAAGUCAAAUGGAUUUUAUUAGAAACUCAUUACGAUAAUCCUAGUUUACAAAAAGGAAUCGUUGAUAAUUCUGGAUUUAGAAUUACGUACACGUCAAAACUUCGUAAACACGAUGCUGCAAUGUUAGCUGUUGGAAAUUUAUGGUAUCCUUGCAUGUUUAUCCCACCAAAACAGAAAGAGUAUAUUGUCGCAGGACACGCACAUCCAUCUUGUCUACGUCGGCAAGUUCCCCCGGAAGGAAUCAAAAUAUAUAGUUUUCUACUUCAUUCUCAUAUCAUAGGUAAACAAAUGUUAGUCAGACAUUUUCGAAAUGGAGAAGAGUUACUUCCCUUAGCUAGAGAUUUAAAUUACGAUUUUAAUUAUCAGAACGAUCAAUUGGUGGUGGAAUGUGUUUAUGACUCUUCAAAAAGAGAUAAAGUAACUUUU